UCCCGACGUCCCAUCCAGCAACAACAGAGUCAGUGGAGCCGCUAGCUUGGUGAGGAUCGCUUCGUGGCUGUGCGUGCGUCACGUUCCUUCUCGCGAAACGGACAAUGCGCGACUUGGACUUGGUUCCGAGCGAGGAGAACGGCCGCGCAAAAGGUACCGCGCUCUCGUGAUUUCGACCCGAGCCAGCAGCAUCGUCGCGACAGAGAGGUGCUUCCUGCGAGUGAUUUUUUUUCGAACGCGGAUACGCGCGCAGCCAGCUGGGAAAUCUGCCGCGACCCCAAUCAGAUCGCGCGGAAGCAGAUGACCGGUUUCGAAGGAACGUGCGCGAAGAAUUUCCUCGCAUUACAAGAAAAUUCACAUCGUAAUGGCAAGAACUAACUCUUUAUCCGCUUACGAUGCCACUCUCAUGCGAGUGAACGGAAUACCGUAGGUUCGCGGAGAUUGCAUUAGGAGUGUACGUUGGAGCGAACGGUUACUUGUUGCGGAGACUGGAUGUAGGAUUUCGCGAUGAACCGGCUUUGUUUCGGAUAACAAUAUUAUAUUACAGAGAUGGAGAUCAACGCGAGCCAGGUGAUGCAGAGAUAAAAGAGAAUGGGAGUCGUGUCGUAAAAACGGACGAGACGAGAGAGAGAACGGGAAAAUGGAUUGAUGGUGGAAAAGAGGAACUUGGAAGUGAAAAGAGGAGAGCUUGGUUAAAAAGUUAUCAGCUGAGAUCGACGAAAAACGUGUCGAAAGACAUCCGGAAAAAAUUAAGUCAGGACGAGAGUGAAGAUUACGCAAAGUGCGCGAAACAGAAAAAUAUAUAUGUGUACAUUUUAUACCGAGGAGCGCGGACACACACGUAUACACACAUACCAAUGAUCAAGACCGUAUGAUGGCCGAGGUUUUGCCCGAGAAUGUCCCGAGGCCUGUGAGCAUCGUCGCCGUUGAUGUUACUCCCGACAUCAGGAACGACGCGAACAGAACACAGGAAGCAACACGGGACAAUGCACGGUCUUUCACUUCGACGGAGGCGCAGACCGAGCUGGCGCUUCACGGUGGACCAGAAGCGAGUCAGAGCGAGGAGAUUCCCAAUGGCAUCCGAGACGCUCGAAGGCGAGAACGACGAUUACGAAGGCAGCAUCGUCGCGCUCUGAGAUCCUGUUCCAUGCCGACGACGUAUCCUGGAACCGCGCCAGGUUGUCAGACAGCUUCAACCGCGCUGGGAGUUCCAUUGGUGCCACCCCCUAGAGGUUUCCUUCAUCCUCCUCCCCCACACUUGGGUCUUAGAGGCCUGAGCCUCGGUCUACCCUUUCCUGUACCCGCCAGCGUCUCUGCUUUCGGCAGAGAUGCGGUACCGAAACAGUGCUGCGGCUUAAGUUCCCCGCCUGUACGCUGGUCCAUAUUGGGUGUCGGUUUCGUAGGCCUCGUUUGCGCCGGUGCUGGCACUCUCCUAGGCGCUCUUAAAGCUUCCGGUCGUGAUCACCUCGUGGGAAUAUUCAUGUCCGGUAUAGGAGUGCUUCUGGUGUUGGUGAGCGCAGUAGCAUGGCGAUUGACUAAUCAAGACUACUGUGGCAGCUUCUUUGGUUUCACAGGCAUUCCCGGUAGGAUACCGCCUAUGAGACCAAUACAUCCAUACGCAGCUAUGCUCUAUCCAGAAUUCCAAUUUAGAACCCCACCACCGAGUUACCAGGCUAGUAUGCAAGAGUAUAGGCUUCGGCUGUUAUUGUUGGACCGACUGCAACCUACAACGUCACCACCACCGACUUAUAGAUCAAACGCAGGAAGUAUCGCGGCUCCUGGUACAAUGAGGGAGAGUCGACCGCCGAGUUACUGCACUGAAACGAAUGUCACGCCGAAUGCUACUCUAGUACCUUCAAAGAAGGACGUGAAUCUUGUUAGAAUUGUUCAAACUGAAUCCGAGCCAGUUAUCCUCAGUGGUGAUCAAACACCACCUAUAGCCGCUGUCGAAGUACUGGCACAUCUUUAGAUUCCGAGCAAAAAAUACAUGUACAUACAUCAUACAUUUGGCCAUUUUCAUAAAGUCUAAAGUGAUUAUGAUGAUGCAUCUGAAAAAAUGAUGUAACCGUGUAAAUUAUAAUUGUGAAAAAAGAAUGAAAAUACUUUAGACGCCAUGUAUGCCUUCACACCUCAACUACUAGGUCGAAUACACAUCAUAUGUAGAUAUUCUUUCAUCAUGACACAAAUCUAUAUGCAAUUGAAUACUUGAUGUAUAUAUAUUUAGGCCUACAUGUAAAACGAAGAAAUUCAUACUAUAAUUUUUAAUUAAGGAUAAUUAUAUUUUAUAUUU